CUCAAAAGUGACAUUUUACAGUGAAUGUCAAGACAUAAAUUAUCAUUUUUUAAUCGAAAUUAAAAUGUUAAUGCGAUAGUUUGUAACAUAAUUAGUGUGUUAUGUUGGUGGGGACUGUUAAUUUUACAUUUGGCACUUCUCGUCCCCCGUGCGAUGAAAAACAAUACGAUGCAAAGUUCAUGUGUGAUUAGUUUACAAAAAUAGAAGCAAACAAUAACAUCAUGAAAUUGUUUCGUCUUAUCGUCCACCAGAAGAAUUUCAGUGCUGAGGAUUUAAUCAUCAACCCUAAAGACUACCCCGGUGCUAAUUUGGGCGAUAUUGUGGAGAUUUACCACCCGCCACCCGACGAUGACAACCCACGUGGUAAGAAGAAGAGCGAGCCUGAGGAAGAAUACCCAAGGUUGUUGCUCCAAAUUAAAACGUUUCCGGACGAUACAACCCAGCAAAAUGCCUUACAAAAAGACACAAUCAGCGUGGAGCAGAGCAUAGCUCAGGCUUUCGGUCUGCAGGCGUACAAGAACGUGAUAAUCCGUAUUGUGGACCCGCCUGACAUUGCGCUUGACUCAAUUGAACUUACCUUUAAAGACCAGUACAUGGGGCGCUCUGAGAUGUGGCGCUUGAAAAACAGUCUUAUUAACACUUGUGUGUACAUCAAAAAGAACAUUGAGUUCUGUGGGGGCGCUGUGCGUUGCCAGGUCUACGAGAUGUGGUCAAUGGGCGACAGAGUCGCUUGUGGGGUUAUCACAGAAGACACGAAAGUCGUUUUCCGCUCCUCCACAUCCAUGGUUUAUCUCUUCCUGCAAAUGUCGUCGGAAAUGUGGGACUUUGAUAUUUACGGCGACUUGUACUUCGAAAAAGCCGUGAACGGGUUUUUGGCCGAUUUGUUCAUGAAGUGGAAGAAGAACGGGAGCAACCACGAAGUGACGAUUGUUUUGUUUUCCCGCACGUUUUACGAAGCGAGUAACUUGGAGGCGUUCCCUCUCCACAUGCGAGAGUGUCUCCAGAAGGAUUACAAAGGCCGAUACUACGAGGAUUUUUACAGGGUUGCGGUCCAGAACGAGCGCUAUGACGACUGGAGCGGGAUUUUGGUCCAGUUAAGGCGAAUUUUUUCCGAAUAUUUGAAAAUUGUCCUCGAGUAUCACAAAAGGCCAGGGUUGGAUAUUCCAGCUGCGACGAACAGUACAGCAGCUCAGGGGAAUUUUCUAGAGGUGUUAAACAUGUCCCUGAAUGUUUUUGAGAAGCAUUAUUUGGAUCGAAGUUUUGAUAGGACUGGGCAACUCAGUGUUGUGGUUACACCGGGUGUUGGUGUUUUUGAAGUUGAUCGAGAGUUGACUAAUAUUACGAAACAGAGAAUUAUCGAUAAUGGGGUUGGGAGUGAUUUGGUGUGUGUUGGGGAACAGCCACUGCACGCAGUUCCGCUUCUAAAGUUUCAUAAUAAAGACACUCAUAUGAACGUCCCUGACGACUACUCAAUGCCCCACUGGAUCAACUUAUCGUUUUACUCAACUAACAAAAAAAUCGCAUAUUCGAAUUUCAUCCCACGUAUUAAGCUACCACCUCCUUUACCCACCGAAGAGGUGAAAAAGGAUUCCCCGAAAAAACUCGUACCUCAAGACGAUUACAUUCACAAUUCGUUUUUCGAUUAUGACGCUUACGAUGCGCAGAUUUUUCAGUUACCGCCAGUGCAUACAGUGCACGAGACCAGUACAAUACACCACAAAGUAAUCCCGCGUUACAAACGCAGCUCUGGCAGUUUACUAGACUCGCAUGAACUGAUCAAAGGGCAAAGGCGCAAAUUAUCAGACCCUGAUGUGCCCCACAGGAUUGACUCCAACGCCCGGUCUGAGCCAAUAGCCAUUCCUCCAGCGGCUACAAGCCCUCUAGUCUCACCACACGCUGAUGAGAAGGAGUUAUCACCACCGGUGCGAAUGGUAGUGGGCUCUGAAGGCUCACCCCCUUUAGAAUCCCGCGCUUUGAUUAACCCAUUUGACCCCUCACAUGUCACGAUUAAAUUAACUUCGAAUCGUAGACGGUGGACUCACAUUUUUCCUAAAGGACCGACGGGAGUUUUGAUCCAGCAACACCAUUAUCAAGCGAUACCGGCUCAGCCUGAGCCGAUUAACUCCGAAUGUGAGGGGAAUAACCCGAAGCUGGAUCGCAUGAUUUCGUCCGGGAGUGCGCAGUUGGCUAAGUCGUUUUGCGCCACUGCGGCUUUACACGAAUAUUGUAAGAAACGGCCAAAUUCGCAGACCAAUCACAGUGUGGCAAGCGCCCCCAAAAACCCAUCAAAGAGCCUCACACUGCUGUGGGGGGCGACGGGUGAGCAGGAGUGGACGCCGGCUCUGACGACAGUCAAUGAUGUCCUUAUAGGAGUGGAUUGGAAGUCGCUCACAAUACCGGCCUGCUUGCCCAUCACCACCGACUAUUUCCCCGACAAAAGGGCCCUUCAGAUUGACUACGUCGUGUCUUUAUACAGUUUACUGCCCGAUAGUGUGAAUGCAGACUUUGCUCAACAACGCCCAACUUACAAAAGACCCCUUACAACAGUUGAAGUGUUCAAAGAGUUGAUUUCGCAGCGUCUGGCCCAAGGUUUCCAGCUAAUUCUCAUGGCCAACAACGCUGAUAAAAUACCCAGUAUCAACGCCCUAAACCCCAAAAUGCGGGGGCCAGUGACUCGAAUAAGUGUGACCGAAAACGACGAGUCGUAUUAUCUCUCAAUUGGGCGACUUUUCCACAAAAUCUCGCUGUCGGGCAAUACGAUCUCAGUCACCCGAUACAGACCAAGACACCCAUAUCCUGGGUUUAACUACCAAUACCGGUACCGAUUCCACGCCCCCCAUCACGACACUUACGAGGAGUCUUACGCUACUUUCACCACCGAAAAACUGGAGCAUUUCAACUGGAAUUACCUCGACCAUUAUGUGUGUACAGGUGGCGACACCGAGUUCGCCCUAGUUGAUGCGCUGAAAUAUUGGCGAUUCCGCGUCUACUUGCUGCCUUUGAAUAAUUCGGCUAACAAAAAAAUCAUAGACGGGGCCGAGCACUGCGAUAUUUACACAGCCGCCACACCGUCCGACCACCAACAGAUGGUCGACGGGCUGCUGAAAUUCAUCGAAACUGCCGUCAAUAAAAUAAAACGGACUUUGCCGUCGAAGAAAUCGCGGAAGUCACUGAGUGUUAUAAACAACGCGCCUUUGGUUCAACCCAGACGUAACAGUAUGAGCAAUUUCUCACAGAACGUCAACUGUAGUUCACCGUUCCGGGAGCGCCUGGGCAGCAACCGCCUCUCGGACCGCCCCCGUCCUAGGUCGGGCUCCAAAGUCAUGGAGCGGAAUCGCACCUCGCAGAGCUCGGAAUCGCAAUCGAGUUCCGAGUCGCAAUCACAUGAUGCGUUCCCUGACGAAAACGCCGUACAGCCCGGCCCUUGUCUUAAAAACACAGCGACGAGUUUAGAGAUACUCGAAGCGAUGAAAAAUCCUUUGAAUGGUCUUAUGUUUAUUUCCGCUCAACAGAAUUUACCGUCGUCGACUUUCAUCGCUUCGGAUGCUGUGAAUUGGCUGUUGUUGCGCAUGGAAGGCGUGUCAACGCUAGACAAAGCCGUCCAGAUAAUGCAAAAUUUACAUUUGGAAGGCUUCAUUCGACACGCUUCAGGUGACCCGAAUAAACAGUUUCUAUUCGGUUUCUUCCUGUUUUAUAUCAUUGAGAAAGAUGAUAAAGAUGCGUUUCAACCGAGCGGCGAUUUGCAAAACUUCGAAAACGAGUGGCUGGAAGUCGAGGUCAAGUCAGCCCUAAACUGGGGGCUGUCGGACGUAACCAACGGGGUGGAAGUACCCAACAUGUACUGCGACCGGAAAUACGGUGUCCCCCACUUCCUGUGCGAGGACAUCAACGUUGAAUACGCCGAGAACGAGAGCACCAUUUACAAAAGAAUGCGUUUGGAGACUGACGUCGCUGGUAAAAGCGACCGCGUGGAGUGGGGCCACGUCCGCUACCAAACGACUUUCAUGCCGGACCAAGCCUACGAAUUAAUUGUCGAAUGGCUGACAUCAUCGGGUUCUAUUGUUGCCGAACUGCUGUCCAGUUGGCACCGGAAAGCCCAAACUUGCGGCCUGCAAAUGAUCCCGAUCCCGCACGACCCCCUCGCCUUACCCUAUUCUAACAAAAGCGACCCCUUAAGAGGCCCUAUUUUUGUACCCCUUAACAUAAAAUGCCUCGAGGAACGGGACACAAUUUUCAAAGAAUUCAAAGACGGGUCGUCGCUCGAACGCCUAUUUUUGCUGCAAGAGACGAUCAUACAAAGAUUCGGGUUUAUUAACUGCAUGCUGGAGCCGCCUAUUAACCCUGAGGCCACUUCGCGUGAACACCAAUACGUUCAUUGCACCGGAACUGUUUUUAUUCUGAUUUCGCGGCCUGCCUUAAAGCCCAGGAGCAGGGUCCCCUCAGUUGGGAGCAAACCUAGGUCCACUGGGCGGUUCUCGGUGCACGCGGACGUUGUGCCCAGCCCCCAUGAAGCCUACAUCACGCGGCACGUCAGUGGGAAAAAUAAGGACGAUUAUGAUAAUUCCAGAAAGAUGGGUUUUUUAUGGUCUUGGAACCACAUGGUCAGUCGCAGGUGGCGCACAAACCAAGGUGUUGAUAACAACUUCCAGACCAAACUUCUGAAGGACUUUAGAGAGUUUUGCGCGAAUGUUGACGACAGAUUGAGGAACUUCUGGGAGGAGAGUUGGGUUACCAAAGAAAAUGCUUCUACAAAUUUUAGUUUAGACAAUUAUAUGCGGAAAUAAUUUUAUCGUGUAAAAUAAAUUUAAACUUCGUAGCA